AUGAUCCCCAUGGCUCUUGACCACGGCUCUCUCGAGGCGCUCCUCCCAUCCCAUUGGAAGACCCAGAUCACCACCUGGCUAGCCGAAGACACCCCCUCCUUCGACUACGGCGGCUUCGUCGUCGGUGACGUUCCUCGGACCGCCACCCUGUACGCCAAGUCCGGUGGCAUCCUCGCCGGCAUCCCCUUCUUUAACGAGGUCUUUCACCAGUGCGGCUGCACCGUCGAACUGGCCACCGUGACGGGCCCGGCCCGCGGGAUCCUGCUGGGAGAGCGAGUGGCGCUCAACAUCCUGGCGCGGUGCUCGGGCGUGGCCAGCAUGAGCCGUGGGUUUCUGGUGAACCUGCGCAGCGCCGGGUUCCGCGGCAGGCUGGCCGGAACGCGCAAAACGACGCCCGGGUUCCGCCUGGUGGAGAAGUACGGCAUGCUGGUGGGCGGCGCCGAUGGCCACCGCAUGGAUCUAAGCUCCAUGGUCAUGCUCAAGGACAACCACGUCUGGAGCCGCGGGAGCAUCGCCGACGCCGUGGCCGCCGCCAAGGCUGUGGCGGGAUUCAGCCUCAAGGUUGAGGUGGAGGUACAGAGCGAGGCCGAGGCCGACGAGGCCAUCGGUGCUGGAGCCGAUGUCGUCAUGCUCGACAACUUCACCGGCGACGGUGUCAAGGUCGCUGCCAGGAGCCUGAAGGAGAGGUGGGCCGGCAAGAAGCAGUUCCUCGUCGAGGUCUCAGGCGGCGUGACCCUGGACAAUGCCGAGCAGUACGUCAGUAAUGACAUCGAUAUUAUCUCAACCAGCGCCAUUCACCAGGGUGUCCCACACGUGGAUUUCUCCCUCAAGAUUGAUCACUAA